AUGCUCUUCCCACGAGCCCUCCGGCGCGCCGGAACUCGCACUAUCCAACAAUCCCGCAGCGCAUCCGGACCCCGCCCAUCCCCCCGACGCACCAUCAUGCCAGCCCCAGGACCCAACACUGGACCUAUCAUGGAACGCCGCGCAGACCGCGAACUGCCCUCCCUAAACAAAGGCCGCGGCUGGCUGUACUCUCUGCCGAUUUUCAUCGUCGCUACCGGCGCGGGUAUGCUGGGUAUAUUCAAUUACCAGAAAAGCUCUAGCAGUGUUGUGAAUAGUACGCUUUAUGCGCUGCGGACGUCGACGCAGGCGCGCGAUAUCCUCGGUGAUGAGAUCUAUUUUGCGCAGCAGAUUCCUUGGAUUUCGGGCGAGAUGAAUCAGUUGCAUGGACGGAUUGAUAUUUCUUUUUGGGUUAAGGGGACUAAGGCGCAGGGGAAGAUGAGGUUUCGGAGUAUUAGGCCUGAUCGGUUGAGUUUUGUUAGUUUUGUCCCUUUCUCCCACCCCUAUUUUCCCUGGGAUUUGCUCUUUUUCCAAACUGAGGUGUGGAGCUUGGAGACUGAGGAUGGAACGGUUGUGCAGCUGCUAGAUGGCACCGAUCCUUUCCGACAGGAUUAG